GACGACUUUACUUUCACUUCCUGUGGAAUUUGGAGGAAAAAGCCUUGAAAAGGUUGGGACUGUGUGUUUACUUUGUGUUUGUUGGUUAUGAGAGGUUGCUAGUCUAAAUUCUACUUGUAUGGACAACAGAAUAAGAAAAAGGAUCAGAGAAGCACAGUCAAAAGCCCGACCAGAGCUUGAAAGAAUUACUGAUGGAUGGCAUCAGUUUCAUUAUGCCCAGACGUUUGAUUUGAGCCAUUCUACAGUGCUUGACAAUGUGGACAGAAUUGAUGCCUGCUUCAUAUCGAAGGAGGAGUUUGAGGAAAAGUAUGAACGACCCUACAAGCCUGUGGUUGUUACUAACGCUCAGAUAGAAUGGGGAGCAGUGAAAAAAUGGUCUGAGAAGAGGCUGUCUAAGAAGUAUCGCAAUCAGAGGUUCAAGUGUGGGGAGGAUGAUGAGGGCUACUCGGUUAAACUCAAGUUAAAGUAUUUUGUGGAGUACAUGAAUGACAACAGCGAUGACAGCCCUUUGUAUAUUUUUGAUAGUAGUUAUGGCGAGCAUCACAAGCGUAAGAAACUCCUGGAAGACUAUGAUGUACCGGAGUAUUUCCGGGAUGAUCUGUUCCAAUAUGCAGGGGAAAGGCGUCGCCCACCUUAUCGUUGGUUUGUGAUGGGUCCUGCCCGGUCAGGGACAGGAAUCCACAUCGAUCCACUAGGAACAAGUGCCUGGAAUGCCCUUGUAUCAGGUCACAAAAGAUGGUGCUUACUACCAACCAAUACCCCUAAGGAACUGGUCAAACCCCGCCCUGGUGAAGGGGGGAAACAGCGGGACGAAGCCAUCUCCUGGUUUAAGUACGUGUACCCACGAAUCAAGGACCCAUCCUGGCCCAAGGAGUAUGCCCCGUUGGAGAUCUUACAGGGACCAGGGGAGACAGUGUUUGUUCCAGGAGGCUGGUGGCAUGUCGUUCUGAAUCUCGACAGUACAAUAGCUGUCACUCAAAACUUUUCUAGUGUUGUGAAUUUCCCGAUCGUGUGGCAUAAAACCGUGCGAGGGAGACCAAAGCUGUCUAAGAAGUGGUAUAAAGUUCUCAAGAAAGAGCGCCCUGAAGUGGCAGCCAUUGCAGAUAAAGUUGAUCUGAACAAACCGACAGGAUUCAACUCGGACAGCUCUAGUUCUGGCUCAUCGAGUUCAAGUUCCAGCGAGUGCAGCACAUGUGAAAGUUCAGAUUCAGAGGAUGAUAACCAGAAGUCCAAAACUAAAAGACGGAGAACCAGUAAAAGGAGAUCAAUGACCCCCAAUGGAGGUCGUCGUCGUGGAUCCUCGUCCUCCAGUGAAGAGGGUCGUAGUCAGCGCAGCAUUUCCAGCACACCCAAAAACUGCAGAUGACAACAGUUAACCUAGAAACUCAAACUCUAAAAGAGCAACUGCAAAAACAGAAAACAUAGAAAUUGUCACAGGCUUGGAAAGAACGACCACAAAACAAAACACUUUCGAACUAUCACAAUCUCAGAAACAUCAACCAGAGAGCAGAAAAAUUGUCCCGCGCUCAGAAACAGCCAUCAUAAAACUGAAAACCUGGACACUGUCACAAUUUCGGAAACAGCAGCCACAAAACUGAAACCUGGGAACCGUUGCAAGCUCCGAAACAGCAACCAGAAUACAUAGGAACUGUCACAAGCUCAGAUACUCUAUCAAAAUAAUCUGAUCAUUACAAGAGGUUACCAAAUCUUUGUUGAUUUGUUCUGCAAAAUUUAAAAUUUUAUUAAUGAUGUAUUUGAAAUUCAUUCCAAAUUUGUAAAUGUAAGUGGACAAAAUUUAUGCAUAGAAAAUAUCAGCAAAAUCUUAUUGUACUUUUAUAAAUAAAUGUGAAAAUGGCACAAACUGUAAACAUAACUUGCUGUUCUCUUAACAUCAUAGAUCCACAUUCCUAUAUCAGCAUCUUUUCUUCUGUUGCCAGGGUACUGAACCAUAUAAAAUGUAUAUCUAACAAAUGUUUUUGUUCCCAUACAGGGGUUUUUAAUUCAUUGUAAUCAACAUUUUACACAUCGAGAGUCCUGACCCAAAAAUCAAAAUAACUUGUCUCUUAUCUUCCAAAUGUGUUUUAUUUAUGUUAGCAUCAGAAAUGUGAUCUGGUCAUAACUUGCAUUUCUCCUGCUUUCUCUAACGUACAAUGUCUUAUUUCUUUUAAGUGGAAAGUUUUGUCUUCCAGUAUCUUUACAUUGAAAUUUUCUAGAACCUCUCUAAACAAAGUCAUUUAGAAUCUUUGGAAAUGAUGUGAAAUAUUUUUAUGUAUAGUGUAAAUCACUAUAUCAUUUUAUGGGUGAAGUUUCCUGCAAUUUGUUAGGUAACUGCUUAUCAUAGAACUUUUGAUAAUAAAAAAAGCAUUGAAAGUGAAAUUUGUAUUUUGAGGUUGUGCCAGGUAUGCAUGACAAUUGACAAUUAAAAGUCAAUAUUUUGACCAUAAAUUGGAAUUUUAUAUGUAAUUUUUUUCUGUACAUUAAAAAAUGUAAAUGAAUCAAUGUAUUUGAAAUUUCAUACAUGUAGCGUGACUGUAAUUUUUAUUGUAAUGACACUUGUUUAUAAACUUUGUGAUUGCCUUCCCACAAUGGUUCAGAAAAAAUGCUGUAGAAUGGAGUGUUUUCUGUGAAUGUCCAAUUUUGUGCAAAACAAGAUUUUUUAGUCCUUUUCUAGUAUUACUGUAUAUUGUAGUAAAAUUCGAAGUGAAAUUGAUUCAUUACCAUUCAGAAAAAUCUGUCAAUCAUAUCUUUUCUCAUUGGAAGCAAUAGUUAUCUGUUCCUUCCAAAGUUCAUAAUUACCAAGUUCUACUAUAAUUUGGUUUCAUUAGUGCUUUUGUGCAAGCUCUGUUUUGAAAUAGAACAAGCAUGCUGACAUACACCUGAUUCCUUCAUUUUUAGAAGCUGACAUUGAAAGCAAUACAUUGCACCAUUUGAAGAUAUUUUGUGAUUUGAAAACAUUUUUGUUUGAAAUAGAGAUCUAUCUUCUGCAUUCUGAUAGUUAGUGUCUUAUCAUGCACACUGUUUUGAAACUCCUGUGUUGGCUGUCUUUGAACUGUAGGAAUUAGUGCUGUGUAAUAUUUGUAUAGUGGUAGUCCUGUAAUAUCAAUCUGGGUAAUCCUGACAUAGUUUGUCAGUCUGGGUAAUCCUGACAUAGUUUGUCAGUCUGGGUAAUCCUGACAUAGUUUAUCAGUCUGAGUAAUCCUGACGUAGUUUGUCAGUCUUCAGUGAAACCGACAUUACUGAAGUUAAUGACUGAACUCUCGGUAUCUAGGAGUCAUUUAAAGAAUAAAUCUCAUUUUUGAAAAUACAUGAGGCUAUGAACUGCAACACUUCACGUCAGCAUACUUAUGAAGUGCACUAGUGCUACGUAAAAAGUAUGCAGGUGUGAAGCGUUGCAGUUCAUACUCUCAUGUAUUUUCAAAAUGAAGUUUAUGUCUUUAUUUACAUUCUCCUUUUAUUACUCUCGGAAUUCCCAGCUGUUAAAAUAGACAUACUAUAUUUUUCUGUAGUCAUACAUGUAUUGUUUGCAUUCUUAAGGAAAUGGCUAUCAUUACAAUUUGUAGAAAUAUCAAAGGCAAAAAGAUUGGAAAUGUAGAUUUGAGAAUAAGAAGUUACGGUAGUAAAUUUACAAUCAUGCUGAUCUGUUCUGCUUAAAACACAUUAUUUAUGGUAUUUCAAAGUAUCAAUCAAUGUAAGAAUUACACAAAGGAAAAUUGAUUGAUUAAAAGUGUACAAUUAACUGUUUCCAAUAUGUUCUUUGUAAAUGUUCAGUUAUCACAAAUUUAACGAAGCUCUUCGGUCUUAUCACAGAAAGGGCAGAUAACUAUAUUUUACAAUAAAAUGCAUUUAGAAAGCAUUAAAAAUUUUCUCUCAUUUACUUUUGUGCGUACAUGUAUGCGAUAUAUGAAAAAAUUAUUAUGAUUUCUUGAUGUUCAUUUAUAGGAUUAUGAAAUAUUGAUAGUGAUUAUUUGUAUGCUGUUGGGAUAAUUCACUCAUUUUAGUCUAUUAUUUUUUAGGUGGACUGCAUUUAGAGACCUUUUUUUUUUACUUUAAGCUAGAGCUGACAACACUUUGGUGCUUAGUCGUCAUCGGUCAGUUGUUUAAUGGUUGUGUUUGAGUGUACAUGAAUUGAUUGCAGGAUCCUUAUAAAAUUUUAAAUUUUGUCUGCAUGCAUUUGUUAAACCAAAGAUCUUAUAUCAUUCCUGUCAAUAUCAUAUGUCCUUCCUAGUUCUUCAAUCUGAUCAUUAAGUUUUCAGUCAGUGUACUUUCAUUUCAAUUAAUCAUUCCUUUUGACUUUUUCCUCACAAAUGCUUUUAUAUUGUGGCCUUGGGUUUUGGCAUUUGUAUAUUCAAUGUGCAUAAAUGCUCUACCGUAGGAAUGGGGAUUUAAUGGAAAAAGUCAACACAUCUACUUCAAUCUUGAAUCAUGCAAUCUGUCAAUGAGAUAUUGUCACAUCCUUAUUUACAUACGAACAGUAGAAAUGUAUUCAUAUCAAAUUCCAAACCCAGAGGCAUUCAUAUUGAUAGCCUGAGCUAGUGUCAUCUGUAUAGAGGUAGUGAUGAUAGUUUAGGACGUUAAUUAAGUCUAUUGUAUGCAUACUAAAUCGGAAAACAUUUAUACCUUCAACGUUGUUGAUUAGAUAGAGACACAUGGACAUUUGUCGAGUUCAAUCAUGUUCAAAUUGUUAUUUUUUCUAAUAUUAAAGGAUUGUUCAUUGGU